UUGAAGGGACCACAAGCGUCGGUUUGAUUUCCUAAGUGAAAGUUUGACGUCGAGAAGAGAAUGUGAAGGGUCAACCAGUUUAUUAUCCUUCAGUUAUUUUAGUGUAUACAUCUAUACCAGUUCCAUCUUCAUGGCCAAUAAAAAUAAUAUAAGAACGUCUAAAGUUGUCCAUCGACAGACCUUUCAAAACAGCAACCAAAUAAUUGAGAUGACUCUGAGAACAAUUCCAAAGAGUGAAAUACAGCAUCAAGUGUUUCCUGAACCACCACAUUUUGAGAGAGAUUGUGCUCUGAGGAAGGAGCUGCAAAAUGUAGUAAAAGAAAAGAAUAACAAUAACAAGACUGUUGGGUCCAAAAAUGUGGGGAAGCAACCAACACACAAUAUCAAGAAUAAGACAUCAGUUAAUCAAGUUGAAGUUGAGAUUUCAAGAAAAAAAUCCAGUAAAAAACCUCAUAAGAUUGUUCCUCAUAAUACCACAUGGGAGGAUGUGCUGCAUAAAUGUAGCACAGUCACUAGUGUUAGUGAGAAAGACCUUCCACUGCAGUCUACAGCAUCUGAUGAUCACCCCUCUCAACCUGUUAGUGAACAAUCCCUGCCAAAACAAUCUGAGAGAAACUCACCCAGAAAUGAAAAUAGAGGUCUGAGGUACAGAAUGAAAAAAUCAAAGACAGUAAAAAGUUCUCUUCAACCCAGUCACUCCAUAGUAGCACCUGUACUUAACCCUACCAAUAGCUAUCAUCAGCUGUAUGUUGAUAACUCAUCAACUACCAGUGAACACACAAACAGAGUUAAUAAUAUCCCUGAAAGGCCAAUAUCAAAAAAUUCUCAGCAGAGACUGCAUACAGUACACAGAGACGUAAUGGUGAAUAAUUCCAGGAAUGAAAACGUCGAACCUGAUCCCCAAAACAGUUUUCUGGCACAAUAUGAACAAGCAAAGGGAACUGAGAAUAGACUGCUAUCUGAUGAUGUCAAUGCUUCACCCUUUGGAGAGAGUGCGCUCAUGUUGUUGCAGCAACUUAAAGAAAGGCUUCAGUCUAGAGGUGACAGUGAGGGCAAUGAUCUCGUGGGUGUGCUGGAGGCUGUCAUUUGUGGACAGGGAUCUCUGGGUGGCCUAGGUGCAGGCAAUCCACCUCCAUCAGCAUAUAAAUCCUCUGCUCACUAUCCUCCUGUUUUUCCUUCUGAAUCAAACAUUUAUUCCUCUCACCCCAGUUUUCAACAGAGACGUAAACAGGAAAAUAUUGACACUAGAGUUUCUCUGAAUGUACCUCAUGAAUAUCAUCAAAACUCCAAUUACCAUCCCAGAAAGGUGAGAACUGAUCCUCACACUGAACAGACUGGGGAAGAAUAUUUGCCACAGAAUUUACAAGACCAGCAUCAGAUGAAUAAUGGAUUUCCUCAACAAACCUCAGAUCAUCCCACUACCCAUAGGCAGUAUCCUUACCAGAGUACUGUGCAGGACCUUCAGGACAAACCUAUUGAAGAUGAAGCCACCCAUCACCACACUGUGUACCGUGAUUCUCAGCAUCAUGUCCCACAAGAAACUAGCAACCAUAACAAACUCAUUCAGAAGAUAACAAGACAGAGCGAGGUGAUGGCAGAACAAGAGAGGAUCAUCACAGAGUUAAGAAAGUUAAGCUCUCAACUCAUUGCCCAACAAGAGAAGAUUACUCUGAAAAAUUUACAGCAAGAUAAAGAAGCUGAUGCUGUAAACUGUGAUCUCAACACAAACACCCAACCUCCUGUAGUGGACAUGGACAGCGGUGUUGGUGGAGAGAGCCACGACACUACUGGAUCUGAUAAAAUUGUAGUGUCAGGUGAAGGAGAAAGGGGAGAUAAUAACAGUAGUAACAAUAAACAAGCACAACAGAGGAAUGUAAAUAAGAUGAGCCAGACUGAACAAAAUUACCGUUCUGAAUUAUUGAGACUCCAAACUGAAAAUGUUGCUUUACUGCGGGAAGUGAGAAGUCACCGGGAACUUGUAGUGAACUUGGAGAUUCAGUUAUCAAAAGCUUACAACUUACUGGACUUAGAGCAACAGUCUCACUCCAAACUCUUAGUUUCAAAACUUUCUAGUUCAGCACCCAACUUGGACAUAGUGGGUAACCAGGCAAGGACAACACAUGAUGGCAAGUCUUCACACUUAAGAGCUCCUUCUAAUCCUUCUGAGAGUGAGGCUGAUUCUGCUUAUGAAGAAAAAACUGGCUCUCACUUAACAUCAAAGAUAAAUUCUCCCCACUCAGAUAUGCAAAAGGGAAAAGACUCUGCCACAAGUCUCUCAGAAAUCUCGUCAGAGAAACAUAAAGAGGAUGAACAGGACCAAGAUCCUCAAGGUCAGAGUUCAAACAUUGUUCCCACCGACACUGCUUUACUCCAUGCUGUGUACAAUAAUAAAGAUAAAACAGUGUUAAAUGCAGUCAUGAAUUCUUCAACUAUACCCACAAGUCAGUUUAUAUUGCAGCAACGUGUUCCUGAGACCCAGGAGACGCCUGAUGAUGAGGUAAAGUCCUCAGUAAGUGACAGGCCUCCAAGAUAUAAUGUGAAAGCAUCUGACCAAGCAAAUUAUCAUGGAAUCUCUGCAAGAAAGGAAGAUAAAACAGCAGGAGCCCAAAAGCCUUACUUUGCAAAAACUAUUGGUAUCGAAGCUAAUAACCUAUACAUGGAGCCAACAGCACCUUUGGAAGAAUGUGUGUUUUCUUCCUUUAGUACUGUAAAUGAUAAUAACCCACAAGACAGUAUGAUAACCCAGGAAACAUCUUUCCUUAAAGGAAUUAAAGCUCCCAGACAAAAUAGAAAUACUAUUUCUCUUGAAGGUAAACUUGAAACUCUUGAAGGUAUUAACAGCUCUUUUGUUGGUUUGCAUCAACCACUUGAGUCCACAAGGCUCCAGGAAGGCUCUCACAAACUUCCUAAUAUAAGUGAGGAUGAAAGCAGUGUAUUUGCACCCAUGAAGGCACAUAAGUCUUACAAUAGCACAUCAUUCGAGAGUGUAGAUAAACUUGAUUGAUUGAUGAUAAAAAUUCUAAAAAGAUUGGUUUAGUUGAUGGUAAUGAAGAUGGGCUGAAAUUCUUAUGUUAAUAAUGGAAAUUAGAUAAAAAUAACAGAAAGCCUAGUCAAUUGUGAACUAUUAAAAUGUAAUGCCUGUGAAGAUGAUACGUUGAAGGUAGAGUUUAUAGGUUUUACAUUGGUUUACAGAAAGGAUGGAUUACUGUCUUGUGAUAUGAACAUUGAAAGAGUGAAUGCAGAAAAAUUAUGAUUGUGAAAAGAGGUUAUACUAAUAGUUUCCUUUAGGGUGAUUGAGUUUCAAUAAUGUGAGUGUGAAUAAGCUCGUUGACAGAGCAGGAGGAGUGUUAUACAAAGACCACUGUUCAAUAGAAAUGGCCAUCAUCACUCACUUUGGAAGAAUAAUUAACUCACUUUCAUAUUAUCAACUAUAUUUCACUCUCACCUAAUUGAAGUGGAACAAAUGUCCCAAACAUCUUUAGGAAAACUAAAAUACUGUGCAGGUAUUCCUUGUUUAACAAUGGGGUUGCGUUCCUGAAAACCAAAUGUCAAGCAAAAUUCUCACUCAACGAGGGAUAACAGCAAAGCACAGAGGACGAACACCAGGUUCAAACAGCAGGGCGGUAAACACUGAGUACAGUACUGUACUCCAUAAUAAUAAUAAUAAUAAACGAGUGUUAUAAACAGUUUUGAAGUUAAAUUAUUGAUUUAUUAACACUAAACUUGUGUAUAAACGAUGUGGUUCGGAGUUAAAUGAUUUAGUGAGCAAAAGAUAAGCCUAAUUCAAACAAAUUUCAAAUUUCAUAUGAAAAAUGAAAAACAAAUUCCUCUGAUAAACAUAAAAUUGAUAAAUACCGUAUCAUAUAAGAAAAUAGCACAUACUGUAAUUUAUGUACAAAAAAUAGCUCCUUCCACACACAUCAUCCUCUGAGUGAUGCAACACAGUUCAGCCAGGCAGUUACCCAGCUGACUCAGAGAUAUGUGACUGCUGCCACACUUUGCUGUGUGUAUACCAUUACUGUACUUCACAUUCGGGGAGGGAGCGCGACUGGGCUCGCGACGCAGUUACAGUCCAUUGCCUCCUCAAAUACGUUCACAUUCCACACAUACACACUAUGCUCUUCAUCUUUCUUAUUUUAUAGUAUUUAUAUUAUAUAUUCUUAAUUUCUAAACCACAUCAGAGUAUUGUAAUGAUAUUUCCACAACUUUAAUAGUUUCAUUACGUGUAACAAUGGCAUUAUGCCGUCUCAGUGGCUACCUCAUCCCCAGUUUUUCCUUCCUUUCCGUUGAGGCAAGCUAUCACUGAACCAAAUUUUUAUCUAUUGUUAAGUGAGAAAGGGUGUCAAUAAUUAUUGCGAAACCAAAUUAAUGUUAAAUGAGGGAGACCUGUAAUGUAUCCUAGGAAGAAAACUGAAAUGCUAUGAUUACUAUUGUUGGAUCACUAACACUGAUGUUAAACAGUGUACAGUAUAGUGGUGACAAUAUUUAGACAGUACUGUACUGAGCUUGGGACUCAAAGCUUUUAAAUAGGGAAUUUUUAUAUAUUAGGACCUUUUGCUAAAUAUACAUAUGAUCAAAUAUAAAAUUGAAGACCAAAAUACUGUAGCAUGGUGGGGAGAGAAAUGGAAGCUAUAGAUAAAUAUGUAGGAAUGAAGAUAACAAAUGGAGAAAUAAUUAUUUUGCUACUUUAUUUAAAGAGUUUUAUUAAAUGUAUGUUUUAUAAAAAGCUGUGUUAUGUACUGUACCAUUCCAUAUGAUAUAUAGUAAUAUUGAU